AUGAAGUCAUUGGUAUUUUUCUUAUCAUUAUCACUGUUGAUAAAACAUUCAGUAACGAUAACAUAUCGUUGCGAUGAUGAUCAAAUUAUUGUGGUACAAAAUUUUGGGAAUGAUACCAUUCGGAUGCAUUGUCAAAAACCGACCCUUUGUGGUCUUCGAUUUUUGAAAUGCCAUUACAAUCAUUUACAAUCAUAUUGCGGUGGAAAAACCAAUUUUGUUUCUCAUAUACAACAGGCAACACCUAUUGCACCAGUGAUACAUACAUGUUGUAAUUUAACGAUUAAUGAGGAUGUACAAAUAAAACGUACGGAAAAUGAUUGUUUUCUGUAUGAUUUACCGGAUGCUUCAAAUGGUACGACAGCUGAAGAAUUAGAAAAGGAAGAUAAAGAAGGCUAUGCAUUAUUGAAGAAUUUUGAUGAAGUAUCGGAUCAAUUUGCGGAUUUUUCUGGUUAUCGCCUCAGGCAUUAUUUACUACGUAAAAAAGAGCCAUCACAACUUGUGAUAAAAGGUGUUGAGCGAAAUGAGAUUGGCUAUCGGGUAACCAUUUGUAGUAUACAAUGCAAAAAUGAUACUGAAAAGGUGGCGAAGAUAAUCCCUGAUAUAGAUUUGAAUGAAAAAAAACCGAUUAUCGAUGAUAGUAAUUUGAAUCGAAUUAUUCUUACAUUACGAAAUUUGACCAAUAAUGAACAAUGGUUUGUUGCCACCUGGGCAGAAUGGUCCUCUAAACAAUGGUCAGAAUGGAGCACCGAACGGAGAAUUGAAUUUAAUGAUUUAUAUGGGAUAAAAGGAAUCGGUCAUCGAGAUCGUAUUCAUCAAAAAAUUGAUAAUAAAAUUAAAACUAACACUGGAAAAGGUCAACAAAAAUCACAAGAUAAUAAAAUGUCCGUUCAUGGAACAGAGAAAGAUAAUCGUCGAAUUGAUAAAACGAAAGAUUCUAGUGAUUGUGAUGAUGAUGAUGAUGAUGAUCAAUCCGAUAGUACUGAAGUGAUGAACAAAAAAAAUGUUUCGCGAAAAGAAGGAAAGUUAAAAGAACAUUCGGAAAAAUUUUCCAAUAAUGGUAGUAAAAAAAAAUUAUUGCCGGAAAAACAACAAUUUUCCGGAUUGAAUAAUCAGGAAAAUUUAAAAUCUAAAUCAAUUCCUCAUAAAGCAAAUGAAACAAAACGGAAAGAAGAAUUAUUUGCUAAUCGAUCGAAAGAAACGAAAAAUGUGACUAAAGGUAGAUCCAAAACAACUAAAACAACAACUACUGUUCGAGGUGAUGGAAGUAAUUUAAAGACUCAAACAAAUCAUACGACAAUUUUUCCCAUUAUUUCAACCACCGCAACAAUAAAAGAAGAUCGAGGUCAUAAUGGUAGUUUCGACAACAUUAAAAGAGUUACGAAAAAAAUAGUAUUAGUCGAAGAAACAGGUGUUAAAGUGAAACAAAAUUUAAUAGCAAAAACAAACUUACCCGAAGAAAAACUAGCAAUAUCAGUAAAUCAAACAGCUACUGAUAAAAAAAACAAUUCUAAACAGACAACUAAUUUGAAGAAAAAAACGUUUACUGAAAAUCAAAAAAGACAGGAAGAAAAAAAGAAAUAUGAAAAAUUGAAAUUUGGAAGUACACAAUUACCACCACAAUCAUCAACAAGUCCAACUCGUAGAAAUCAAACAAGCCACGAUGCAGAGCAUAAGAAACAACAACAGCAACAACAACCUGUUGUUGACCCUCCUAAACCAUCAAAGCAUUGUUUUAGUGCCGAUACAAAAGUUUACACUCAAAAUGGUGAAAAAACAAUGAAGGAAAUUUCAGUAGGCGAUUUUGUUCUUGUUCCGAUAAGUAAAAAUCAAUUGAGAUAUGAACGAGUGGAAAUGUUUUAUCAUCGAGAACCGGAAACUCGAGCUAAAUUUGUAGUGUUAGAGACGGAAUCAGGCCGAAAAUUAAGUGUAACAGAGUUACAUCUUCUUCCAUUAGGUGAUUGCAAACAGAUGCAUGAAAGUAUGUCUGAUACUGGUGAUAUCAUUGAUCAAUGGCUUUGGAAAUCAAAAUUCGCACACAAAGCACGUAUGGGUGAUUGUGUAUUUACUGUAACAUCAAAUCAUGAAUUACAGGUGGAUCGUAUCGUAAAGAUUGGUAGACAAUAUCUGAAAGGUAUUUAUUCACCGAUGACUGUUGAAGGAUCAAUUGUAGCAGAUGGUGUACUUGCUUCAUGUUUUUCACAAGUUGAAAGUCAUUUCAGUCAAAAAUUAGUUUAUGAUUUUCUUAUCUUCCUAACUCGAAUUUUCGGUCGUCUUAUACAAACAUUUGAUGAGCCUAUUCAGCAUUUACCUAAUUUCAUUGAUUCAAUAUAUAAUUUAGGUCAUUUCGCUGUUCCUUUCAUCAAAUAUUAA